UAAUGACUCCAAGAGUUGCUUUCUUUCGUGUCAUUUUCUAAUAUUAUUACGUGAACAUAGCGUCGUAUUAUUAGUGAUAAAACAAAGUUCACACCGUUGUCAGAGAAGUGGAAAAUUCUGUUCUGACAACAUGGGGUGCAAGAUCAAAGAAUCAGACAUAAAAGAGCUACAAAGAGAAAUUCUCUGCAAAUGUAGGAGAAGAGCAGAGUGCAUAGUUCCCUGCUAUGAAGAGGCAGAUGAUAUAUGUCAGGAAGAAGACAUACGAGACGUAGACACAUCCUCGUCGAAAGAUAACGGGAUUACGAAGGAGGAACUGCCAUUUGAAGAAAUAUUGGCUGAAAAACGCCGCAAAUACACUGCUAAAGAAGAUUUCAUCUAUCUGUUGUACAAUGACAUACUUCCAGCGUUUGUUACCAAAUGGGAAGGUUAUUUUCUGCGAAAGAAGCCAUCCACGAUGCAUAAGAGUGACGUUGAAAUCGACGAUGUCAAUGUCGGUGAAGAUGAGGAGAUACACGAGCCUUACGUUAAUGAUGUCUCGCUCAUCAAGGAAGGAAAGGAAGAGGCUCACGUACUAUCCUGGAAGUUGUCAUUGCCCGAUGAAUUUGCCGACAUCAGUUUUUAUAAUAACAAUUCUUACUCUGGUCGCAUCAGUAGAAAAAUGAUGGAGGGUGAAGGAACGUACAAGUGGCAUGACGGUGUUCAAUACAAGGCUGGUACAAAUUGGUACAUCAUAAACUUGGAAUUAGGAUAAAACGAUUGAGUUACCGUGCAGGGUCAAUUCGAGCAAAAUCAGAUUCAAGGAAAAGGUCUUUUGGAG